CAAAAACGGUUGGUCUUCAAAACUGAAGGAUGCCUCUUUUUUAACUUAAAUCAAGGGUCUUUGAAUGCAUCAGUUAUGUGCAAUGUGAUGCAAAAGUGAAACUUGAACGAUAACUUUCUACUGUAUGCCGCCACAAAAAAGAUUUCUCAUACAGUAUUUUUAACAUUUUUCUAUCCUUUUGAUGACGUCAUCAGUUUUGGGUCAAGCGUGCGAAGUUAUCCAGGUGGAAGGAACAAUUUAAAACAUUCUUACUAGCUCCCGGGACGUCGUGGCGCGGACAGGCCGCGGAGCAGAACAAUUAUCCGGGGGGGGGCGGACGACGUCGUCGGAGGCGGGCGGUUCCAGCUUAGCGGCUCUUAAAAGACGGUCGGCGGUGGUCGCCUUCAGCUCAGUCGUGUGGUGUCGUGGAAGUGGAAGCCCCCUUCCACCACCUCCACCCCCCGCCUCUCCUCUCCUCUCACCCCCGUGUGGAGGCUGAGCUAAGCGGUCUACCUUUGCUGUGUGCAUCCAGUCAGCCAUGAUGUCUGUACAAACCCCUCCCCUCUCCCGCUCAGGCUCCUCCCCCUCCAAUGUGGGUCUGUCCAGCCGCGGCGGUCCUUCUGCCGCCCCUCCCACUUCCCUCAGCCUGCGCUCCUCCUACAACCAGCUGCUCGGGCGCGAUGUUAUCAGGGAGUCCGUCAACACCGAGAGCGGGGGUUCGGCCACUUUGCCCAAGAGCCGUCAGAGAUACUCAAUGACGAGCGUUCGGAGCGACAACUUGUCAUCUAAAAAUCAACCAGCUAGCAGGGGCAGAGGCCUCCCCACUAAGUCCUCUUCCAGUUCAGCCCUCUACUCCUCGUCCUCCUCAUCGCCACUCUUCAACACGACCAACCCAAAACUAGCCAAGAACGGGGCCAACCUGCAGAGGCGUGCUGAGAGUCAGCAGCAGGAGCUGAGCAAACUCCACAAUGAUCCCACGGACAACUCCAACUCUGACUGGCCCGAGUUUGAAAAGGACAACUCGCAGCUUCCACCGUUCCGAAGAAGGACAAAGAGCUUUUUGGAGUCCCAUGACAAGGGUUGGGACCUGAGCUGGGGAAACAAGGAGAACAAUGAGGAGAAGAAGCAGCAGCAGUCUUUCCCCGAGAAAGAACAGCCAAGCCCGGUCAAGGAGAGAGAGAGUCAGAAGGAAGAGAAAACCAGCAACAAGGAAGAGACUGUGCCAGAGGUGGAAGAAGAGGAAGAGGAUGAAGACCAAACACCACCUGCAAGACAGCCCCUCUUACCUGUCGUGGUGGAAGCCCCGCUUUGCUCCUCCUCUUCUUCAUCUACCAACAGCCCAGAGUGGGAAGCAGACAACCAAAUCCACAAUCAGGCUACAGCCCAGGUCAGAGAGGAGCACUGCAUCCAGUUGCUGGGAAGUCCGAGGAGUCCCGCAAAGCCUCCUCGGAGCUCCCAACCCAGGGUGAUCAAGGUGGAGCUGCACCCCAACAAUGAGAAUCAGUUCCUGCAACAGUACCCUCCAUCCUCUCCUAAGCAGCCCAGGUCCAGUGAGAGGAACACCCCGACAAGGAACCGGGCUCCCCCUCCUGCCAUGCCUGAUCCCCAACCAGAGAUGGGUCUCCCAAAAGUCAGCUUAAGAAUGGAUCUGACUCCUGAUACGCCAUCAGAGGAUGAAGACUCCAGCUGGACCACCCUGUCCCAGGAGUCACCCACACCUCAAAGUCCACAAGAGACAGUAGCAGAUGUUUGGGGCGAGGGGGACCUGCCCCCAGGCUGGCGGGAAAUCUCCGACUCAUCCGAGGUCUACUUCUGGCACAUACCCACCGGCACCACUCAGUACCACCGACCUGUUGCCUCCAGCACUCAGCCCGGCUGUGGCGAGGAGGAGCCCGAGGCGGAGGACAAACCGCAACAGGAGACACAUGACUCACUAAAACCACCCAACGAGCGUCCCAGCAGUCUCGUCUCAGACAGUUCCGUUGAACCCGUCCCCUCCCCUUCUGGCUCAUCCCCCACCUCCCUCCCCUGCAGCCCCUCCAAUGAUGUCAUCUCUUCUGCACUGGAUCUCAGCAGCGCCACCUGCACCGUCAAUGAGUUAAAGGACUACUCAAUUUAUCCUGACCCCAGCCUGAAGGCCUUCGAAGGGGCCACCCUUCGCUACGCUUCACUCAAACUCAACCCUGCAGCGCCACUGGAGACCGUGGACCUCAACAAUACCUUCCCUGAUGGAGAAGCAAUGUCAUUCCCAGUGCGCUCCUUGGGCUGGGUGGAGAUGGCGGAACAAGACCUGUGUGAGGGGAGAAGCAGUGUGGCGGUCCACCACUGCAUCAGACAACUGUCCUACUGUAGGCGAGACAUCCGAGACUCGGCCGGAGUCUGGGGAGAGGGUAAAGGGAUGCUGCUGGUGCUCCAGGACCGCAUGUUGAAUCUGGUCGACCCGGAUGACCGAAGCCUUCUCCACUCUCAGUCAAUCAGCAACAUCCGUGUGUGGGGGGUCGGCCGGGACCAUGACAGGGACUUUGCCUAUGUGGCGAGGGACAAGAACACGCGGGUGCUGAAGUGUCACGUGUUCCGAUGUGAUACGCCUGCUGCAGCCAUCGCCACGAGUCUCCACGAAAUCUGCUCCAAGAUUAUGGCUGAAAAGAAAAGUGCCAAAGCUGCAGGUGGCAGCUCCUCCCAGACUGGCUCUGAUGUGCCCUUGCAAGAGUUCCCCUUGCCGAAGACGGAGUUGGUGCAGAAGUUCCAGGUGCUCUACUUGGGUGUGACGUCAGUGUCUCGGCCCAUAGGUAUGGACAUCAUAAACGGGGCCAUAGACAGCCUGGUGUCCUCCACAGGCAAGGAGGAGUGGACCCCCGUCAUUCUCAGCAUCGCCGACACCACUCUGGCCGUCAUCAGGGAGAAGGCAGAGGAAGAAGAAGUUCUGGUAGAGUGUCGGGUCCGCUUUUUGUCCUUCAUGGGUGUUGGACGGGACAUCCACACCUUUGCUUUCAUCAUGGACACCGGGAGCCAACACUUCCAGUGUCACGUCUUUUGGUGCGACCCCAAUGCAGGUUGUGUGUCUGAGGCUGUGCAAGCAGCGUGUGUGCUGCGGUACCAGAAGUGUCUGGUGGCGCGGCCGCCCUCGCAGCGCGCCGGCACCUCCUCCCCUCCCGCCGCCGACCCCGUGACCCGGCGGGUGAGCAGCAGCGUGAAGCGCGGCGUGCAGUCUCUCAUAGACACUCUGAAAGCCAAGAAGCAGCCGUCGGAACUCCCCCAGCAGUGACCCGGCCGACACCCGCACCAGCCAGCACAGCACCUGCGUCGCCAUGGUAACCAGUGAUGUACAUACAUGUUAGCUGAAGGAGGAAGUGUUUUUAAUGCAGAGGAACACUUAUUGGGACUGGGACGGCGCUCCACUGUCUCCGAAAUGGCCACAAUCAGAUGGAAGCUUCGGAAUUUGCUGCGUUUAAGAGGAAAGGAUCCUGGAUGGAAGCCAUGGUGACAAUAAUCCAACACUAAAAGAAUGGCAGAAGUUAUGUAGAUAGAAGAGUGUGAUGGCGUUUUGAUCCUGCAUGUAAUCUUGGCGGCUGUCCAGAAUGACGUAUUAGCAGAGGUGGGUAGUAACGCGCUACAUUUACUCCGUCACACUUACUUGACUAACUUUUGGGAUAAAUUGUACUUCUAAGAGUAGUUUUAAUGCAACAUAUUUUUACUUUUACUUUAAUAUAUUUUUUUCGAGAAGAAACGCUACUUUUACUCCACUCCAUUUAUCUACAUUCAGGUCGGUACUCACAAGAGAGUAUUAGCGAUCUGUUAAUGCACGCUUUGUUUGUUUUGUUUGUCAGACAGACCUUCAAAGUAGGAUCUAUCACAUGCCUGCGUUUCACCAAUCAAAUGCAGUCACUGGUGACGUUUGACUCCGUUUCACCAAUCAAAUGCAGUCACUGGUGACGUUUGACUCCGUUUCACCAAUCAAAGGCAGUCACUGGUGACGUUUGACUCCGUUUCACCAAUCAAAUGCAGUCACUGGUGACGUUUGACUCAGUUUCACCAAUCAAAUGCAGUCACUGGUGACGUUUGACUCCGUUUCACCAAUCAAAAGCAGUCACUGGUGACGUUUGACUCCGUUUCACCAAUCAAAAGCAGUCACUGGUGACGUUUGACUCCGUUUCACCUAUCAAAUGCAGUCACUGGUGACAUUUGACUCUGUUUCACCAAUCAAAUGCAGUCACUGGUGACGUUUGACUCCGUUUCACCAAUCAAAUGCAGUCACUGGUGACGUUUGACUCCGUUUCACCAAUCAAAUGCAGUCACUGGUGACGUUUGACUCCGUUUCCCCAAUCAAAUGCAGUCAGUGGUGACGUUUGACUCUGUUUCACCAAUCAACUGCAGUCACUGGUGACGUUUAACUCCGUUUCACCAAUCAAAUACAGUCACUGGUGACGUUUGACUCCGUUUCACCAAUCAAAUGCAGUCACUGGUGACGUUUGACUCCGUUUCACCAAUCAAAUGCAGUCACUGGUGACGUUUGACUCCGUUUCACCAAUCAAAUGCAGUCAGUGGUGACGUUUGACUCCGUUUCACCAAUCAAAUGCAGUCACUGGUGACGUUUGACUCCGUUUCACCAAUCAAAUGCAGUCACUGGUGACGUUUGACUCCGUUUCACCAAUCAAAUGCAGUCACUGGUGACGUUUGACUCCGUUUCACCAAUCAAAUGCAGUCACUGGUGACGUUUGACUCCGUUUCACCAAUCAAAUGCAGUCAGUGGUGACGUUUGACUCCGUUUCACCAAUCAACUGCAGUCACUGGUGACGUUUAACUCCGUUUCACCAAUCAAAUACAGUCACUGGUGACAUUUGACUCCGUUUCACCAAUCAAAUACAGUCACUGGUGACGUUUGACUCCGUUUCACCAAUCAAAUGCAGUCACUGGUGACGUUUGACUCUGUUUCACCAAUCAAAUACAGUCAAUGGUGACGUUUGACUCCGUUUCACCAACCAAAUGCAGUCGCUGGUGACGAUUGCCUCCGUUUCACCAAUCAAAUGCAGUCACUGGUGACGUUUGACUCCGUUUCACCAAUCAAAUGCAGUCACUGGUGACGUUUUUUAAUUCAAUUGAAUUAUAUUUAUAUAGCGCUUUUCUCAAGUGACUUAAAGCGCUUUACAUGGGACGGCGUGGCGCAGUGGGAGAGUGGCCGUGCGCGACCCGAGGGUCACUGGUUCAAAUCCCACCUAGAACCAACCUCGUCACGUCCGUUGUGUCCUGAGCAAGACACUUCACCCUUGCUCCUGAUGGGUGCUGGUUGGCGCCUUGGAUGGCAGCUCCCUCCAUCAGUGUGUGAAUGUGUGUGUGAAUGGGUAAAUGUGGAAGUAGUGUCAAAGCGCUUUGAGUACCUUGAAGGUAGAAAAGCGCUAUACAAGUACAACCCAUUUAUCAUUUAUUUACAUAGUGACACCCAAUAUCUAAGUUACAUUUAAACCAGUGUGGGUGGCACUGGGAGCAGGUGGGUAAAGUGUCUUGCCCAAGGACAGAACGGCAAUAACUAGGAUGGCACAAGCGGGAAUCCAACCUGCAACCCUCAAGUUGCUGGCACGGCCACUCUACCAACCGAGCUAUGCCGCCCCACGUUUGACUCCGUUUCACCAAUCAAAUGCAGUCACUGGUGACGUUUGACUCCGUUUCACCAAUCAAAUGCAGUCACUGGUGACGUUUUUUAAUUGAAUUGAAUUAUAUUUAUAUAGCGCUUUUCUCAAGUGACUCAAAGCGCUGUACAUAGUGACACCCAAUAUCUAAGUUACAUUUAAACCAGUGUGGGUGGUAAAGUGUCUUGCCCAAGGACACAACGGCAGUAACUAAGAUGGCACAAGCGGGAAUCGAACCUGCAACCCUCAAGUUGCUGGCACGGCCACUCUACCAACCGAGCUAUGCCGCCCCACGUUUGACUCCGUUUCACCAAUCAAAUGCAGUCACUGGUGACGUUUGACUCCGUUUCACCAAUCAAACACAUGAUUAACUGUACACUAUUUUUUUAUAUAUAUAUAAACCUUUAUUUAUAAAUUUACACAUUUACAAACAGUUGAAAAUAGUAAUCAAAGUAAGUACAAAAAAGGAUAAAAACCGUACUAAACAGCGACAAGGGGUUGUAAAUUCAAAGUAACUAAAAAAGAAUGCAAAAAAUAUAUAUAAAAUAAACAAAGUGCAAAGCUGUAGGUUCACUCAAUCUCAGUAAAUAACUUCAAUUUGGAACACAGCAUCAUCGUUUUCACAGCUUUGUGCUUGUUACAAGUAGAGUGUUUUAAUGUAGAGUUCUAAAUCUUUUUAAAAGGCACAAAAAACAGGUCGGGUAUUGAGAAACUUACAUUUAUGAAUAUAAAACUUAGCCAAUAGUAUCAUGACCAUGCAAAGGUAAAAUUCAUUUUCAAUUUUUUUUUUUUCAAUACAGUGUAAAAUCAAAUAUAUAUUAUUUAAUAUAUAUUAUUGUUUUAGUUGCUUAAGAGAUAUUCCUGGCUCUGAAUUUGUUCAUUGCUAUUUUUAUGUUUUUGUGCAUUACUUGUUGCCGUCAUCAUUAAAGGAACAGGUUACUCAUCAGUUACUCAGUACUUGAGUAGUUUUUUCACAACAUACUUUUUACUUUUACUCAAGUAAAUAUUUGGGUGACUACUCCUUACUUUUACUUGAGUAAUACAUCUCUAAAGUAACAGUACUCUUACUUGAGUACAAUUUCUGGCUACUCUACCCACCUCUGCGUAUUAACGAGAAGAGAAGUACAGCACAAGUCGCCACUCGACCGUAAAUCAAUCCACAUCGGCACAAAAAUAAAAUAUAAUAAUCAUC